AUGUCUGACGCCAAAGCUGUGAUUAAGAGUGUUGACAUGAGUGAAGAAAUGCAACAAGAAGCUAUCGAAUGUGCAACACAAGCUUUAGAAAAAUACAACAUCGAAAAAGAUAUUGCAGCUCAUAUUAAGCGUGAAUUUGAUCGUAAAUAUGGACUUACUUGGCACUGUAUUGCUGGACGUAACUUUGGUAGCUUUGUUACUCACGAAUCAAAACACUUUAUUUAUUUCUAUCAUGGACAAAUCGCCAUUCUCUUAUUUAAAUCUGCCAAUUGA